UAUGAGCACAUAUGGAAAGGUUAACAUAUAGCAAUACAAGUUAAUUUGGUCUGUCGGAAAAAUGGAGGCCAAGAGUAAAUGCUGGGAGAAAGUAGAGAAAGUAGAAGAAGAAGAUGAUGAUGAAGUAAUGGUAGGAGACCAUGAGAUCCUCAAGAGAAGAAUCUCUAGCCAUCCUUUGUAUGGCCUCUUGGUCGAGGCUCACUUGGGCUGUUUGAAGGUUGGUGACAUAGGGGAAUUGUACAUAAAUCAUAGCAGAGAACAGAAGCAACCAGAAAACAAUGCCAGCUUUGGCAUGGCUAAUCGAUCUGAGCUAGAUCAAUUCAUGGAAGCAUAUUGCAUGGCAUUAGCAAAGCUGAAGGAAGCAAUGGAGGAACCUCAACAAAAAUCAAUGGCUUUCAUAAAAAACAUGCAUUCACAACUUGAGGAGCUCACAAGCAUGCAUCCAGUACCUGCUGAACAUGACACCACUUCUGGUGAAUGAACUAGUGUGCAAUGCUACUUUCUUUGGUUACUUUAGAUGCUUAACUAAUUAACUUGUAUCUGAGACAAGAAUUAGCAUCAAUAUGACAGUGUGGCAAUUUUAUUUCAAUUAUUACUGCUGAGACGUUCACAUUAGAGCAGAAGAUUAUGCAAUAUCACUAGCUAGAGCUAUACAUUUUCCUUGAGAUGUCUUUGUUUUCAUGACUACUUGCACG